AUGGAAAAAAACUAUAUUGUGUUAAUAGGAGUAUCGCUUUUCUUCCUGACUCUGUUUAUGGUGAACACGUUUAAUUAGUAUGAGAAAGUAGUUGAAUAGAUAAAGUUGGAUAAGCAACCAUUGGCAAUUGAUUUGAUGGAUUAUAAAGUGCCAUCAAUUUGGGAUGUUGCAAAACCAGAUAAGGAGGAGCUUGAGAAUUUGGAUAAAGAUGAGCUCGAGAUUAUUAAUGGUAGUAUAGCUUUGCCAAACUGUCAAUAUUAGAAAAGAAAUUCAGCAGUGGUAUUACUAGAGAAGAACUUGGUAGAAACGGAUGGACAUUAUUGCAUAUGAUAUCAGCAACGUUGCCUGUAGAUUUUGAUGAGGAAUUCACAUUCAAAAUUAAUGUGUUUUUAAAUCUUUUGUAUUUAUACAUUUAAUCCUAGUGGCUAAUUUUAUCCAUGCAAAGAGUGUGCAGGGCAUUUUUUAAAUAUGACAACAAAUUUGCCCUAUGAAGGAAACUCGAGAGUGGAUUUCAUGCAAUAUUUGUGCAUGCUCCAUAAUGAAGUUAAUUAGAGAUUAAAUAAGGUGAGAUAAUUAUAGAAAUUAUAAGACUUUGUUCAAUUGCAGUAUCGUUCAUGAAAGAUGGGGUGGAGAUUGUGGAUGCUCAAGUAAAUUAGAAGAGAGCAUCAAAAAAUAUAGUCGAGAUUAGAAUUGAUAAAUACAUAAAUAUAAUUA